AUGUCGGGCGGCUAUGCGAAUCUCUCGACUCGUGGACACAGCAGUUGGUUUCUCACCAGAACCAACAAGGAGCACGCAGCAACUAUGGAGCAUCCCUUCAUGAGGAGUAUCUAUGCAGAAACUUUCGACGUGGAGGCUUACUGCCAAUACCUAGCAGGUCUAUGGCACAUCUUCGGCGCCAUUGAAGCGCAGUCCCUGAAGGCUGGAGAACCCGUGUCUCAGCUGGAUGAUGUGAAUCUGCAUCGACGUGAGGCGUUGCAGCAGGACCUGGCCUUUUGGUGGGGCAGCGACUGGCAGCAGAAAGCCUCCAAAGUGUCGACGGCCACAGCCGCAUACCUCCGACAGCUGCACAAAGACUCCACGGAUCCCUACAGCUUGCUUUGUCAUCACUUUCUUCAGUACAAUGCCGUGCUGAGUGGUGGUCAAUUCCUGGGCUCCAAGGUAGCCAAGCGGUCUAAGAAGGCACCACCCAGCGGGGUACAAUUCUACACUUUCGCUCUGGAAGAUCCUUCCCCUCAUGCUCGCGUGCAACGUUACUUAGAUGAUCUUGACAAGCUGAACAUUUCCAACGAGCUCAGGGAUCGCAUGCUGCAGACCAUGAAGACGAUCUACAGACUGAUUUUAGGAACCUUUGAUGAAGCUUACAACCUGUGUCCGGUUGAAGGUGUGUCCUACGCUUCCAUCAAGGCUGGCGCCGUCCCGGACGUUCCCUCGGCGCCCCUUGCGGCCACGCCGGCGGCGUCACCCAAGGUGCCGCCGCCGCCAGUGGCGCCCGGGGACAGGAAAUUUACCCUGCAGGAGCUGUUGCAGUACGAUGGCAGUGACGCCAGCAAACCGCUGUUCAUGUCUCUCCUGGGUCGAGUUUAUGACGUGUCCAGCGGCAAGGAAUCCUUUGGCCCUGGAGGGCCCUAUGCGGCCUUCGCUGGACAUGAUGCCACCUAUAACCUGGCCGUGAUGACGCUGAAGAAGCAGACGGUGGACACAUUCGAAUACGUCUUGGAGCAGGAUGAUAAGGAAUGCCUGGCAGAUUGGAUCGCUUAUUUUGAUAAUCAUUACGGCAAACCUCUGGGCACACUGGACAAGCAGCAUUGCAUCGCUCUGAAGGAUUUGCCCCGAGUCUACAACGACUCGCCUUGUGCAGUUCUGGGUCUUCAGGGGCCUGUGACCUCUUCAGGUCUGAACAAGGCUUUCCGCGAGCUGUCGAAGUGCACCCAUCCAGAUCGCCUGCGAGGGAGGUUGAAACGGAGCCCGAGCAAAGAGGAGUCUCGACGCGGGGAGAUCAUCUUCAACCGCGCCUCAGCGGCCAAGGAUGAACUGUUCAAAACCCAGAAGAACAAGAAGGUAAUGCAGUGCUACCAGGGCGAGAUGGAGAUGGCUGUCUUGUUGCUCUUCCAGCAGGUUGGUCGAAUCUUUGUCAGCCUUGGAAUUGAAGACUACAUGGGCUUCUUUUGGGAAUUGGUUUGGAACCUCAUCACCUUUGAAGCUGGCAUCCUGAAUACACUCCUUUGCCUUCUGUGGUUGAGUUUUGUCUACAAGAUCUUGAGACAGUUCGGUGGGUAUUUGUGGCGCAUGGGCAUUCUGCGCUUCGCCCUGGGCUUCGUUACUACGGUGGUCAUCGGUCCAUUUCCGACCCUUUUCAACUUCUUGGCGUUGCCCCUGAUUCGCAUCUAUGUUUUCGCACAGUCCCUGGUGGCCGAAAACAGGUCUGAGCCAGACGAGACGGCGGCUGUAGGAGCUACAUCUACCCAAGAAGAGCCCGAGCCGCAGCCCAAUGUCCAUCAUCCCUCCACCGCUGCGGUGAAAGUGGCGACGGACAAGGACGUUCCUCGCAAUCUGCGGCAGCGCAAGAAGAAGGAAACGGAUGAGGCCAAGGAAGCUCGCAACAAAGCUCUUCUCAACGGUGAUGUUCAGGCUGCCAGCGGCACUGAAGAUGCUAAUGCGAAGCCCAAGCCUGUGCCAGAAGGCUUAUGGCAAGUGGUCACCUGGGGAAACAAAGAACCCGUCAAGGCACGUCAGGCAGCAGCCAGUGCCAUGCAGUUUGACAUUUUGCUGAUCCUGACAAAGCCAGUGAUUCCGCUCAUCAUGCUUGUAGCCUUGGGGCAGGUGUGGAAUGGCUUGUUCUCUUCCCUCUUCAUUGGCCAUGCACUUCGCAAAUGGGUUCCACAGAUGAGCUAUGAGGCGCACCACUUGCUCUGCGCGCUCUUCGGCACCUUGCACACCUUGCUGGGUGUCUCGGCCUCGAAAUUGGAGGACUAUGCCAACCGCGAAGGCAGCAAGAUCCUGCACUUGGCCUGGGCCUGGUCCUUCAAGGAUGUGCUCUCGGUGAUGCACAUGUGCCAGCUGGGGGCAGCCGUCACCGCCAUGUCUGCGCUUGGAAAUGAGCCGUCCUACGCGGCGUCCUUCGCGUCAGGCAUCGCGUUGCGCAUUGCCGUGGGCCAGGAUGCCUUUCGCGGUCUUGGCUUUGUCCAUGCCCUGGCAGAUUACUUUCAGGGCACUCUGAAGGACUUGGGCAUCUCCCUGGAUGCCGCAGAUGAGGUGGUGGCUUACAGUGGGGGUGGUAUCGGUGACUGUGGAGGUGGACCCUUCAGGAUGUUGUUCGGAGAUGAGACGUACGCAACAAUUGCUGCUACAGUGUUGAAGGCUUGGCUGUUGUUGCUACCUGUGCUGUCCACAGCGCAAUGGUUUCAACGGACCUGCCAAGCCGGCCGCCUGCUGGGGAAGCGAUGGAAAUUCACCCGCUUCGUUCAGAGACUGAUUUUGUUUUUGUUAGGUGUCCUGCAGAUCUGCCUCUUCGCCAGCAGCGAGUUGAAUGCCUCCAACGGCGCACUCAUCAACUAUUGGUUGGCCAUGCUCUUUGGCUGUGCCGGAGAGUCAUUGAUGAGCACGUAUGACAUUCGCGGACCAGUGAGGCAAAUAAUAUUCCUGCUGCUGUUUUUGUUCAUGUGA